CUCCCUCUAAACCCCGCCUACAUGGAAUGAAUGUGCCAACUUUGAAAACGCAAUAAAGGCAGGGUAACUUAACCAAAGAUAGAAAAAUUGCAGGCAAAGAGGGAAGCGUUUCAUCGCAAUCAUUGAAAAUGUUGAACUGAAAACCAUUUUUCUUUUCCAUUUUUGCAUUCAUUUACAAUUUAUUUGUUCUUGCCUUUCAAAAUGAUUUCCCUAUUUAUUUUAAUCUCAAUACUUUUGGGUUAAUGUUUUGCUUUCAGUAUCAUUAUUUUUGUUUGCAAUAAGAAUUUUUUUCACGAAUUGAAAAGGUUUGCUUGAUAUUAAAGGCACAAAAGUAAUUCCAUAGCAUAGGGGUGGAAAAAAACCUUUCAUACGUAUCCCUGAACCCUAUUGGUCAAAAAAAAUUAUGCUGCCACAAUCCACAAUACUGCACACACGUGACCAUCCUGUGUUUAGUCAGUUUAACGCUUGCACUUAAAAGACAAGCCUUUGACAUUUGCUAACUACAUAAGCACUCUUUACACACUGUUAAUGUCAUCUUGACAAAACCGCUGCUCGCCGCUUCGUAUCGCUGAAAGCGGACCAUGGCGGCUGCCACAAGCAGCAAUACAUCCACAACCACGCUUCAGAUCAAGCAUUCCAACAUCGAGCUUACGCGGAAACGCAUAGACCCUCGGAGGAGACAAGCCGCGCUCUCUUUUCUCAGUAACAUUUCUUUGGAUGGUCGACCCGUGCAAGAUGAUGCCGACAAUCAGACCGAAGAGGAUAAUUCAGUUGAGGCCAGGACUAGACAGAGCCUGGUUACCGCUGCAGAGCGCCCGCUGUACGUGGCUGGCAGUGGCGCUGCGGUAGCGAACCCCACGACGGCCGCCCAGGCGCUUGCUAUUGCGAACCAGGCUCUGAUUGCUAACACCCGAGCCAGUUUUGGGAUUGGUCCCGCCGCUGCAGCUCCAGCAUGUACAGAUCCGGAAGGGGAUGCUUUCGGCCCUUCGAUUUUCAGUUCGCCCUUCUCUGCAGUACCAGCCGCGACUAGAGGCAGGCUUCAGACCUACACUCAGGGAGUUGCGCCUGCUGCCUACUUCAGGCAGGCUUCCCAGGGCUGCUGUCUGGAGGGAGGACAGAUCGCCAACUCGGUACUGGAGCUGCAGAGAUCAAGACGGAGGCUCAUCUCUCAGCGUUCCUCCUUGGAGACACUGGAAGACAUUGAGGAGAACGCCCCUCUACGCAGAUGCAGAACCCUCUCAGGUUCACCCCGACCAAAGAGCUUCAAGAAGGUUCACUUCAUCAAAAACAUGAGGCAACAUGAUAUGCGCAAUGGAAGGAUAGUCCUAAUCAGUGGCAGAAGAUCCCUUUAUAGUGUAUUUUCUGUCCUGCCCUAUCGAGAUUGUAGCCAAGCAGGGGACGUGAAACUGGAAAGCGGGCGGCAACGGCACCCCUCGGGCGGGGUCAGUGCCAAGGAGAUGGUGAUCGGGCUGGAGGGAGUGGAGCUGGGGGCCGACGGAAAGACUGUGUCGUACACCCAGUUCCUGUACCCCACCAACGCCCUGGGCAGUGGUCGCAGGAACACCAUAGACUCCAUGUCAUUCUUCUCUCAGUCUCGUAACAUCAGCCACCGCAGCCUCAGCCUGGGCCGGGCCAACAGCAACCAGAGCAGCAUCGACACAGGGAAUGAUCUGGGGGACUUGAUCCAGGAGUACGACCCUAAUCUGCUGGACGAUCCCCAGUGGCCAUGUGGGAAGCACAAGAGAGUCCUAAUCUUCCCCUCAUACAUGACUACAGUCAUAGAGUACGUCAAGCCUUCUGACCUCAAGAAGGACAUGAACGAGACAUUCAAGGAGAAGUUCCCCCACAUACGGCUGACCCUCAGCAAAGUCAGGAGUCUGAAGAGAGAGAUCCGUAAGUUGGCCCAGGAGGAGUGUGGCUAUGAGGAACCCACCGUAGCCAUGGCCUUCGUCUACUUUGAGAAGCUGGUCCUCCAGGGGAAACUCAACAAGCAGAACCGCAAACUCUGUGCCGGCGCCUGCAUCCUGCUCGCCGCAAAGAUCGGCGGAGACCUCAAGAAGCACGAGGUCAAGCAGCUCAUAGACAAACUGGAGGAGAGGUUUCGUGUGAACAGGAGGGAGCUGAUAGCCUUUGAGUUCCCUGUGCUGGUGGCCCUGGAGUUCAACCUGCACCUGCCCGAGCACGAGGUAAUGCCCCACUACAGACGCCUCGUCCAGACCUCCUAGCAUUAGUGAUCCAUCAGGAGGAGUACUCACACCACGCCCUCCUGAUCCAGAACCAGGAGACCAACCCUGCUGGACUCCCCACCUCAGAGUACCACAACCAGGUCUUCUCCCUGCAGCCUGGAGAUCCAUCAUGGACCAUGGUGUUGGAUCUCUACUACACUCUACUGCCACAUUCAUAUGUAUAUUUUCAGAUCGAGACUUGUAUUACCAUACACGUAUUCUUACUUCGACAUUCUUCUCAGACCUUUACUUCUACAUUCUUCAACACUAUUUACACCUUCAAAAACUUAUGAAAGGGAGUAUCCGAUCUUCCACUUUGUUGAUUAUUUUUAGAGUUUGUUUGUUUCUCAAUCUCUUUUUAAAUCCUCUGCUUUUCUUUUUUUCUGUGAGGUUUCAUGUCAACUUUCUGGUUAAAGAGGGUUGCAAAUUACUGCCGCAAAAGAGCAUUUUUGUUAGAAUCGGUGGAUUAAAACUUUUUCUUGUGAAGGCAAACAACUGCUUUGUGACUAAAAGUUUUCACUAAUAAUUUUUUGAAAGAGAGAUCAUGGAUUUCCUUGGUCCCUCGUUCCUAAAUUGAACUUGGUAGCUAAAAGUUGGCUAAAGUUGUUCAUAACCAUUUUUAUUUUAUUUUAUCCUUGCUCGGCAUGUUUUGGUUGCCUUAUGAUUGUCAUGAAGAACGAAGCAAACCUGUCGUGUGGCCGAUUUUGACAGGACUGUUAUCUUUUUGAAAAACGUUUUUGAGUCUCUCCUCACUAGAAGUGCACUUUUUGAAUAUUGCAGACAUGGAUGGAGGCCAUUUUCAGAGACUCUUGCUGGGUGAGGGUUUUGAAACAAACUAAUUCUGAUCAAGUUGAGUUUACUUUAUGUGAAUGGGCCCACUCUUAUCAAUCAGUGUGUAGUCUCCUGUGCUCUACGUUAGAGUGUAUUAUCGGCACGUUUCUAGUGCUUUACUGGAGUGGGUGGAAAGGUAUUGGAAGUAGGGCAUGAUGUUACCAAUGAUACAGCACUGAUAUUGAAACUGAACUUGAAUUAGCAUCAUAAUCACAAUAUCUGUCUUGACCAGACUAAGUGUUUGAUAUGGCAGGUGAUCAAUUUGUCAUAGUCACAAUAUGAUUGUGCCAUCUAUCAUUUAUGAUGAGUGGUUCCAGUUCGAAGGUCCCCUUUGGAAUGUUAUGUUAUAGUCCCAGUCGGUAUUACAUAGAAUGUUGUGGCCCUGCCCGCCUGUAGAGAAAACAACCUGUGGUUACCUUGGCUCACAGCAAAAAACUUGACCUUUUUCAAACACUAUUUUCUUGUUGUCUGCUUGUUUUAGUCAAUUACAAAAUGACAUUUAAGAAAAAUAAAACAUGUCUAAGGAUUACUUUUCAACUUUGCCUGCUCCGAAGCGUUCACUACUUAGAAAAUCGUAAUAUUGUAGUGCUUCCCUCAUGCCCCUUUUCAUGACGGCGCUAACGUUAGCCACGUGAGUGCUAGCUAGCUACCAACCAGAACAUUAAGCUAGCCAAGACCAACAACACAAACAAACGGACUAUAAAGCUACAAGUAGUGAGUGGAGUUCCAAACGGACUGUACUAAAUUAGUUAAAUGUCUUACCUGUGAUGAAAUGUUUUCCAAACAAAUAGUUACGUGUAGCCUACUUGGACACUGGGUUCCCACAAUUUCCCACUCUUCCACACCGAAUAGUCUGAAGCCACAGGGCUCUUCUCGCAGGCUCGAUUUCCCUACGUGGGUGCAUUGCGAACUGUAUGUCAGGAUUUUUUACCUGGUUACAUGUACAUAAGCAUGUACAGUGCAUUUGGAAAGUAUUCAGACCCCUCCACUUUUUACAAAUUUUGUUACGUUACAGCCG